ACAUUCAAAAUUCCAUGUCGAAAUCUGGUUAGAAUAGAACAUGAGAUUCUUCUCCGUGCUGAGUAGCAUCGUUAUCAGGAAUGUGAACAAGCGUGUGCCUACCCAGCUGAGACCCUUCUGGACCUCACCCAAGGGUUCGCAGACUGUCUUCUUCUGGUGUCCUACCGUCAAGUGGAGUGUAGCUUUGGCUGGGCUGUGCGAUGUGCUUAACCGACAGCCGCGAAUAAUAUCAAAAAAUCAGACUCUUGCCCUUGCGCUGAGUGGUGUCGUAUGGGCCCGCUGGUCCAUGGUUAUCAGGCCCAGGAAUUAUAACUUUAUGGCCUGCAAUGCUGUAAUGUUUGCUACCCAGGCCCUGCUACUGUGGAGAAGCAUUAGCAGUGAUCUGGUCAAGGUGUGGGAGGACUUGCAGUCCGCCCGACGAGUGUAACACACUGGCGCUGUCCCACUUUCUAAACAAAUACAACUAUUGAGGCUGUUCUGGACUGUCAUUGCGGCGCCAACAUUUCACUCGUCAAAUGUUGAUCGAUUAGUUGAUUGAAUCAAGGCAAUAGAUAAUUGAAAGGCCGC